AGUGUUCUCUCUCGUUUCGUGAUCGGUUGACGUGCGCUCGUGACGAAGAAUACGCGCAAUAUUUCCUCCCGCUCGGGGAUGAUGAUGGGCGCCCCUGAAGAAAGAUUUUUCUGCCGCGUGAAUCAACAGUCGUUGCGAGGCAAAGGGCACACACUACGUUGUGCUUGCGUGUGUAGAAACAUAUUAUAACGUGUUGUUAAAGCAGUGCAUUUUUAUGUGAUAAUUCAGGAUACUGUUGAAUAUCGAAGCGAACUUUGUAAGUGAAAAAAAACCGAGAAAGGGACUGUUCCCCUGCUGUAAUCCUUAUUAUCGGAAACCCAAGCAGAACACCCCCCCCCCCCCUUUUGUACACUACGAAAAUAGGCAAAACACGUUACACGCACGCACACCCAUAUAGCAAAAGCAUAGCCCCAUUACCGAGCAAAUGCGUGUGUGUGUUUUGUUCGCCUUCAUGUGCGUGUUGUGUUGUGAGUUGCACUUGUGAAAUAUUCUUCAUCGCUACAUCUCCCAAUAUUGGGAACAGGAAAGGAGUAACACGCACAGCAUGUGCGUCAGUGCGUAAACCGACCCCUUUGACGGACUGAAAGGGAAACUCGCACACACAACCCUCUCGGCAAAAAGGUUGGUGUUUUUCACAGUUCACAAUCAGCUUAGGCUAACAAGUACAGCCCCCCGGAUGUGUGCCAGUGGGAAAAGUGUCACUGUUGAGUGUGAAAAAAAAACAAAACGAAAAAUUCACUCCAUUGUGUAACGAAGAUGUGUAGCUGUGUAAGAAAGUAAGCGCCCAAAAAACACAAACUUUAGUGAAAAAUUGCAACCACUGGAAAAUGUGCAACAACGCACGUGUUUAGUUGUUUGUUUUAAAUUAGUGACAGUUGCUGUGUGUUUCCUUAACUGUCAGCUCGAUGGAUUCGAACAGCUUGCUGAGCAUGAAUUUGGCACUGAACGUGGCUCGGAAAUGUCGCAUCUGCGGCAUGGACAUACUGGAUCUUACGUGCGCCUUUCCGAUCUUUGGUAAUGAUCGGUUGGACCAGAAAAUAGGGCGCUAUCUUCAGCUCAAUAUUCAAAUUGAUGAUCUCCUCCCGAAAUGUAUUUGUGGAUCCUGCUACCUAAAGCUCGAAAGUAUCGAUCAGUUCGCGCUGAUGGCAAACCGUACCGAGGAAGCGUUCCGAUCAUGGCUCAGCCGUCUGCGCGGUCUCAACUGUCCAGCAGAAGCGGCGAAAAAUGUGAACGUUAUGUUGCCACUAUUUCGACCCGAUCCGGACAUUAUCGAUACGAAGAAGGGAACCAUUUUGUGUACACCGAAGAUUGCUCAAAGCAUGCCUGCACCACCGAUGACAUUGCCUAAUCCUCCGGCAAGCAGCAGUCCUCCGGAUAAGGGCAUUAUAUCGUACAGCGACCUGAAGCUUGGACUGCUUAUCAAGGAUCAGGAACUGCUGAAGCUGAUCCUCAAAGCGCUCAAGUGGGCAGAAAAUGAUCGCCGAGCAUCGUUUGAGGUGUUGAUACAGCGGCUUAAAAAUUCUAGCUUUCGCGAGAUUCUGUCCAACCGUAAUUUGUUGAAUGAUAGUGAUCUUACCCAGCUACUCAAAUCGUACAUAGGCCAGGGUGUGAUGAAUAGUUUCACUUCGGCACCAGCUGGUGCGGUUCCGUUAAAUAACAAUGUUCCCCCAACGGUCACGCUUCAACCUACCGCUCUGGAUCAAUUCCAUCAAUCGAACGAAUAUUUUGUCGACAUGAAUAAAGCGAAAUCUGUAAGCCAAACUUCUUCAAAUGUUCCGAUUCCAUCAGCCGGAACUAUUGGAUCGGGUAUGAUCAAUGUGAAUGAGUACAGGAUCGAUGAGGCCAACGUCACACAGAUGGAGGUAGGAGUUGACCCAGACCUGUACCUACCAUACGACGAUGAGGAUAGCAGCAGUGCCACGAAGUUUGAGGCAAGGCUCGAUGAUCGUCAGGAAAAUACGGUUACCAUUAAGCUGGUCACUACAAACGUUGCAGGAGAUAUGAUCGAAAACAAACGAAUGAUUCCAGCAAUUCUGAAUGUUCGGGGAAACAAACGAUUUCAAUGCAGUGCAUGUCCGGAAUGUUUCGAAACGAACGGCGAACUUCAACAGCACAUCGUACGGAAGCAUCUACCCAGAACAAACCGUACGGUGAUGACCGACCAAGGCAAACCGGCUAUCAAAAUUCGAGUUCGAAAGAACACAUCGAGACCGAUUCCAAUGUCACCAAAUGUAAUCACACCGAUAACGCCAACCCUCGCCAAACCUCCACCGACAGUGUCUGUAGAGGGCACUGAAUCAACAUCGCCUUCUCCAAUUAAAAUUGUACCGUUAAAAAUUCCGGCCUCAACCACCAUAACCGUUGUACCGGCGACUACCCAACAGAACCCGGUCAAACAAGUAACCGAUCACCAGCUCGAAAUAACAACAUCGACCGAAAAGAAACCACCCGCGGUAUCUCCGCCGAAAAAGGAGCUUUCAGUACGUAAAUCAAAACGAAAAUCCUCAAUCAAGCUGGACGUUAGCUCCCUGUUAGCGGGGAAGCAGAAAACACGAAAAGUUUCGAAAGAUGAGCUACCAACGACAUCACAGUCGAAGACUCCACGCAAGGCCAACGCAUCCUUCUGCACACUUUGCCGGAAGAAGUUGACAUCGCGGGAAAGCAUGCGCGAUCACAUGCAGCAGGAACACUCUCGCUUCGAAUGUGAAAAGUGUGAUCGAGCAUUUAAAUGUGCACUCAAUCUAAGCCGCCAUCAGCAGUAUCAUGCGAGUGUGGCCGAUACCACCACAACGCCGAUCGCUUCGAAAGGUGCGUCACUGAAAAUAGCCAAGCUGAACCAACCAGAGGAACAAACGUACAAAUGUAACUAUUGUGAGAAAGCAUUUAAAAGAAGCCAUCAUCUGAAGCUACACAUGAAACAUCACACAAAGGACGCACCGGAGCGCGUGGUAGAGGAAAAACCAACCACCGGAAAUGGUUUGCGCAGACGAGCGAAGGAUAACCAUAGUGCCAUUAGCAGCGUGCUUCACGUUAGCGAGACAACGACCAGAACAAGGAAAAUGGAGUCGUCCAAGCGCAAAAGUACAACAAAUAGAAAAGUUAGAUUUUCAUGCUAGAUUAAUUAAUAUGCUUUCGCUCAAUCGUUCCCUUAAUCGGUGCUUUUGUGUAGUUAAAUGUGUUAAUGGUUAGUUAAGUUAAUGUAAGUUGUUGUUUUUUUACAAUGAAUUGCUUUUAUUGUUUGAUACAUGUAUAAGAGAAAUAUUUUACGAAAUAAAAUUACGUAAA